UAGAAGCUAUAAUGAUGCUGUCAUGUGUUUCAAGAGAGACCAGCCCAAGAUUAUGGGUGGAGAAAAGGACUCUGUUGUGCAGCAUCUUCUGCUCAUCUGUCAGAGAAAGGGAGACACCUUGAACAUCUAAGCGAAAGAGCAGCCAGUAAGGAACAUCCCUUUACUCCAAUUGUAAAGGUGGAAAGAAAAGAAAAAGAAGUAUAUUCUUAGGAGUUGUGUCUUAUAGCACACAGAGUGGCAAUGGAUUGGCUGCUGUGUGCAAAAUUUGGUGCCUUCUUUGUUUUAAUGGUAGCUUUACAAUGUAGCUGUGAAUGGCAUAUAAAGGUAAACCAUGGAAAAGAUGAAAAUGGAAAAAUAAUGUGGGAACCUCUACAACUCAAACGGCAAAAACGUGAAUGGAUUAUCCCACCAGUCAAUAUUAGAGAAGAAGAGGAUAACAGAUACAGGAACCCGAUUGCAAAGGUUCACUCUGACGCAGCCAUAAAAACAAACAUAAGGUACACAGUGUCUGGACCGGGGGUGGAUAUGUACCCUUUUGGUGUAUUUUUGAUAAAUCCAAGAACUGGGGAUUUGAAUGUUACUGGCGUCACUGUUGAUCGUGAACAAAUAUCAAUAUUCUUUCUGGUUGUCCGCGCUAUAAGUAACAAUGGGGCUGAUUUGGAAAAACCUCUUGAGCUGCGAGUGAGGGUGCUCGACAUUAACGACAACCCACCGAUAUUCAUGCAAAGUGUUUUUGUCGGCUCCAUAGCAGAAAGAUCAAGAGCAAAUACUUUGGUCAUGGUCAUGAAUGCCACGGAUGCGGAUGAGCAAGGUACUAUUAAUUCCCAGAUUGCCUACAAAAUAAUUUCUCAGAGUCCUGCUGAACCUCCAAUGUUUAUUAUGAAUAAAGUCACUGGACAAGUCUUCACAAUGACAAAUUUCCUAGAUAGAGAGCAACAAAGUAGCUACAGUAUUAUGGUUGGUGGCUCAGAUUUGAAUGGAGGUGCCGGUGGAUUAUCUGGACAAUGCGGUGGUAACAUCCAAAUCUUGGAUGUGAAUGAUAACUUCCCUACACUCGAGUUUGAUUCGUACUCCGUUCAGAUCAUUGAAAAUAUGGUAGGUCUAACCAAUCUAAGGAUUAGAGCAUUUGACCUUGAUGAAAUGUACACAGACAACUGGAUUGCAGAAUUCAAUAUUGUCUCAGGAAAUGAAGGAGGCUGGUUUGUGAUGGAGACAGAUACUCAAACUAAUGAAGGAAUCUUGAGAGUGGUUAAGGCUCUGGAUUAUGAAGCCAUGCAGUCACUCAAUCUUGGUUUUGUGGUUACCAAUAGAGCAGCCUUCCAUACAUCGGUUAUUUCUGAGUUUCAGGCCAAGGUGACAAGCAUUAGCAUUCAGGUGCAAAAUGAAAGAGAAGGGCCUUCAUUUGUUCCAAGCACACAAUACGUACAGAUACCUUCAGGGCUUUCUGGAGAAGCUUUAUAUGCAUAUAUACUUGCAACAAUGCGGGCAUCAGAUGUAGACACCGGCGGGCCUGCUACCAACAUUAGGUAUGUUAUGGGACUGGAUGUUGAGAAUUGGCUAAUUAUUGAUUCUAUAACUGGUGAGAUAAGGAUUGUUCGUGAAAUGACUCGGGAAUCUUCCAAUGUUGUCAAUGGCACAUACACAGCUGAAAUCUUAGCAAUAAAUGAUGAUGUACCAGCUCGAACAGCCACUGCCACAAUUGUUCUCAAUGUCCCUGCAACAAAUAACAACUGCCCUGUGAUUACUAAUGAAGUCCGACAAGUGUGUGUGGAUAACAUGAGGGUUGCAGUCCAGGCGUUCGAUAAUGACUCUGCUCCAUACGGUGCCCCAUUUACCUUCACAAUUACAAACAACCCUGAUCAAAUGGCCUGGUCUACACAAAGAAUUGAUGACACUAGUGUUGCUUUGGUAGGGAGCCCUGGAACAGUUCCCCGUAAUGUAACACUCCAGAUAUCUGUCAGAGAUAAUGGUAACUUAAGCUGUCCUGCACCAUGGCCAGUAAGACUGCAAAUUUGUGAGUGCACAACAGGCGGUGUUUGCGAUGCCACAAAAAUGGCAAGCAAGAGUGUAUCAUUAGGUCCAGCUGCCAUCGGUCUCCUCAUCCUUGGAUUUUUAGUACUUUUAUUGGCUUUACUUCUCUUACCAUUCUGCCUCUGCGGAUCUGCAGCAAAAUCUGCAUUUGUUCCCGUCGCAGAUGGAUAUGAUGGGGCAUGUCGCCCAUGGGAAACUGAAGGAGCAAAACCUGAAGAUGUGGAUAUGACUAGUAUGCUUAUAAAUUCAGGUGCCCCAGGUUACUCUGAUCUUUAUACAACCAACAACAUGAUUGGCGUAGGUACUGGUGCUGCCAUAGCAGCUGGUGCGGGGGCAGCAGUCGCAGGAGGUAUAGCAGGGGCAUCUGGAGUAAGAGAAUCCUCAGUGUAUGGAGAAAGAACAAUCAUGGGUGAAGGAACAGGCCUUGGAAAUAUGCUAGAAACAGCAGGACGUUCUGGGGAGAGUAACAUAGAUGGAUCUCUAGGUGUUGCUCUUCCUUCACAUUACAAAGAAGGUGGCACUUUGAACAUGGCUUACAUAGAAAAUUAUUUUGCUGAGAAAGCAGAUGCCUAUGCAAAUGAGGAUGAAAGUCGCCCUGCAAACGAUUGCCUUUUAAUUUAUGAUAAUGAAGGCAUUGGAAGCCCAGCUGGAUCUAUUGGCUGCUGCAGUUUUAUUGCUGAUGACCUUGAAGAAGAUUACUUGGACACUUUAGGGCCAAAAUUUAAAACUCUUGCUGAGAUAUGUGUAGGUAAAGAAAUCGACCCUGUGCUAAGUGGUGAGGAGCCAAGAGUAUCUGCCAAUGUUCCGCUAGUAGAAACCGAUACAACUGUAAGGUAUACUGAUACAUCUAAUUUGAUUGCCUAUGGAGGUCCACCUGUACCUGUAGUGAACUCAUCUUAUGUGGCUGAAAGUUCAUACACAUCUAGCAGUCUUCAGCCAGCUAGGCCUAUACCUGACAAUCUUAUCCCAGGUAAUGUAGUUGUAACAGAAACAUACACAACAUCUGGUACCUCUAUGAAUCCUGCUACCCAUCAGCCUAACAUUGUAGUAACAGAGAGGGUGGUUGGACCUGCUUCUGGAGUGCAAGGAGGAUUUCCUGAGAUACCUGAUGGCUCAAAUGUUAUCGUCACAGAAAGGGUAAUGCGGCCUGUUUCUGGAGUGCAUGACAUUCUAGAUUUCCCAGAUCUAUCUGAUAGUUCAAACGUUGUUCUUAGGGAGCGAGUUAUUGGCCCAAGCAACUCAAGGCUGUCUAAUUCUUUUAAUAUACCAGAAUUUGGUGAUGGCCAGAAUGUUGUUGUUACCGAGAGGUUAAUACAGCCUGCCUCCAGUGCCCGUGGUGGUAGUUUUGGCUUUCCCCAUGAUGUCAGUGCAGGGCAAAAUGUAAUUGUAACAGAAAAAACUGUAAGGUCCGGCACAGGCAUGACAAACCAGUUGUUGAGUACUGAACCCCUGUUAACACAGUCCAUUGGAUCUACUUCUCCAAGUCUUACACGCAGCAAAGUAACAAAGUAUAGCAAAGUACAAUAUACCAAGCAAUAAAGCUUUCAGUGUGUGUUCAUGGAUUAAGAUACAGUUGACCCACUCCAAGAACAUAGUUAUAGAAUUUACUUAUUCAGACAGCAGGGUUUCUUUAGAUUACUAAACCAAUGCCUU